AUGGGUGCGUGACUUGCGGACAGUGAAAGUGAAAGGAGUUCUACGGUGAGGAUAUAAAGCUGUGCCUGAACCACAGUAGUCCAUUGAUCUGCAGAUCCUUGUCUAACGCAGAGAACAACUAAGACAGGAUGUCUUUACGGGUGGCUGCACUUCUUCUGUUGGCAUCAGUCCUCUGGAGCCAUGUAGCAGCAAGCACAGAUCAGGCGAUGGACUGCUGCUUGACAACGACCGAUGCCAAGCUUCCCCACAGAGUGGUGAAUUCAUACAGUAUCCAGACAGUCAGUGGAGGAUGUCGGAUAGCUGCCACUGUGUUUGUCACAAAGCAGAAUCUUAGAUUGUGUGCUCCUCCUGCCACCAAGAACAACUGGGUGGCCAAACUCAUCAAGCAACUAAAGAGGAAAUCGCAGAAACGAAAGGCCAAGAAGGGAAAAAUGGCAAGAAGACAAUGAAAGGCUGUGGGUGAUCCUUAAACACGGAGCUCCAGUAUACGUCCUUAGAGAAGAUUUAACAUUUCAAAUAUUUUGUGAAUUGCACUGUCAUGUAUUGCAGAGCAACAUUUUCUAAAUUUUGCUCACAGUUACUAAA